AUGUUUUGUGAGCUGAUGCACCAGCUUUCUAAGACUCGUAAACAUCAAGUCUAUUCCUAUGUAGAUGAUAAGAGGAAGACUGUACUUGUGGACUCGAAGACUGACAAGUUUCUCUUCGGUGAGGAUCUUGGAAAGAGGAUCAAAUCAGCUACAAUGGUGAAGAAAGUAGGAUUGUCUUUGAAAACAACCCCUGACAAGGCUGAUUCGUCGAAAUCUCGUAAUUUUUUAAACUGGAAGAGCUCGACUGUGACUCAGAGCGGAUGCCAACAGUCGAGCUUCAAUCAAAAAACUUUGAACAAAUUUCCUCGCUCCAACCGUGCUCCAGUUCAACAGAAUUCAACUCGUUCUUCUACGAGAUCUCAGAGCCGUCUGAAUCAAUUCAACAAUCCAUCAACGAAGUAG